AUGACACAGCGCAAAGUCCUUUUUGUUUGUGUCCCAGAGAAACCUAGGUUGGAUUACAUUGCCAACGCUCUUUAUUUGAGCCUUGGAGAUGUUCAUGAUAACUGGAAGAAGAAUGGUGACACUCAUGGCUUCUACAUGAGCUUCUUAGUUGAAAAAGCCCAAGAGUUUGUCGACAAAAAGAUGUGGGAGGCUUUCAACGCCCUUAUGGCCGCCUUGAUUUAUGGGAUCGUGAUGUUCCCUAACAUUCAUAAGUUCGUCGAUUUGGCCGCCAUAUGCCUCUUCAUGGAUAGGAAUCCAGUCCUAACUCUACUGGCUGAUACGUACUAUUCCAUCCACUCUCGGCAUGGGAAAAGAGGAGUUGUCCGGGGUUGCUUGCCAUUACUGUACAACUGGUUCAAGUCUCAUCUGCCUGCAAGUGGUCCGUUUGUUACUUCUACUCAAAAGUGGUCUCAAAGGGUCAUGGGACUUACUCCGAACGACAUUGUGUGGUAUCAACUCCGAACAGGUAUAUCUGAAGUCAUUAUUAAGUGCGGAAACUUUGGUAACGUCCCGCUCAUUGGGACAAGAGGAUGUACUAACUACAACCCAGUUCUUGCUCUUCGUCAGUUGGGUUAUACCAUGAAGAAGGGGACUUUGGAUGAGGAAAUUCACCAAUCCGUGUACUUUGAAAAAGGAACUGACCCUGAAGCACUUGAAAGAAUCAGGAAGGCUUGGAAUAACAUCCAUAUAGGUGAGAGAUCCACUUUGGGAGCCAAGAAUGCUAUUGCCAUGGAGCCUUACACCGAUUGGGUUAAGGAGAGGGUCAAGACACUUUUGUUACCAUUCCCGGAGGUUCCUCUCUUAUAUGCACAACCUUCAAAGAUACUGGAAGCUAUGGUACCGAGGGAAUCUUUUGACCAAGUCCGCGUCGCCAAUUUGAGAUUGAAAGAGAGAGAUAGGGAUACGGAUUUGAAGCACUACUUCAUUAAGCAGACAAAGAAUGAGCUGGCCCGUGAACUCAAAACACUCAAAGGAGAAUCCUCUCAAGUUAGGAAGAGGAUCAGAACUGAUAAGGGUGGAAAAGAUGCUACUGUUCCUAUUGAAGACCCUCAAAAGGUCAUAGAAAAGGCUGUAAAGGAAGCAGAAGAAAAGCUCAAGCGUGAAUACCAAGAAGACCUGAAAGCCCACAAGCUCCAACUAGAAAAAGAGACCAAAUACCGACUGAGGACUAUGAAAAAGAAGCUUGAAGAAGAGACUACCCAGAGAAUAGCCGUUGAGAUUCAGUUGAAGGGGAGUCACAUCCGUACCGAUCGACUAACAGAAGAGAAUGCCAAGCUCAGAAAUCAAAUGGCAAGUAUGGGGAGUGCACUUGAGAAGACUUAUCUCCCAGAAUGCAAAGGAUGUGAUGAACUUAGGGGUGCUGCAAGAAGCUAG